UAUCAGGAAGAUCCAAAGGGAAUGUUUCCGGGCGUUGUGCACUCCCAGAAAAAGCCAAAGCCUGUGAGACUCAGCAGAUGCCAGAGGAAAACUUCAGUAGCCACUCAGACCUUAUAACCCGCGACAGAAUCCACUUGGAAGGGAGACGCUACACAUGCCAUGAGUGUGGGAAAAGCUUCAAUCGGAGCUCGGACCUUCUCGUACAUCGUAGAAUCCACACAGGAGAGACGCCCUACACAUGGUCUGAGUGCGGGAAAAGCUUCAAUCAGAGCUCUACCCUGAGCGCACACAGCAGAAUCCACACGGGUGAGAAACCUUAUGGAUGCUCUGAGUGCGGGAAAAGCUUCAGUCGGCGUUCAAACCUUAUCAGACAUCAGAGACUCCACACAGGAGAGACGCCCUACACAUGCUCUGAGUGCGGGAAAAGCUUUAAGCACUGCUCUGCCCUGAGCAGACAUCGGAAAAUCCACACGGGUGAGAAACCUUAUGGAUGCUCUGAGUGCGGGAAAAGCUUCAAUCAGAGCUCUACCCUGAGCGCACACAGCAGAAUCCACACGGGUGAGCAACCUUAUGGAUGCGCUGAGUGCGGGAAAAGCUUCAGUCGGCGCUCACACCUUAUCAGACAUCAGAGAAUCCACACCGGGGAGAAGCCCUACACGUGCUCCGAGUGCGGGAAAAGCUUCAGUCGGCGUUCACACCUUAUCACACAUCAGAGAAUCCACACCGGGGAGAAGCCCUACACGUGCUCCGAGUGCGGGAAAAGCUUCAAAAGGAGCUCACACCUUAUUAGACAUCGCAAAAUCCACAUUGGAGAACUACGCUACACAUGCCAUGAGUGUGGGAAAAGCUUCAGUUGCAGCUCACAUCUUAUCAUGCAUCAGAGAACCCACACAGGAGAGAAGCCCUACACAUGCUCUGAGUGCGGGAAAAGCUUUAAUCGGAGCUCUACCCUGAGCGUACAUGGGAGAAUCCACACGGGUGAGAAACCUUAUGGAUGCGCUGAGUGCGGGAAAAGCUUUAGUCAGCAUUCACAGCUUAUCUCACAUCAGAGAAUCCACACAGGAGAGAAGCCCUACACGUGCUCUGAGUGCGGGAAAAGCUUUAAUCACAGCUCUGCCCUGAGCAAACAUCGGAGAAUCCACACGGGUGAGAAACCUUAUGGAUGCGCUGAGUGCGGGAAAAGCUUUAGUCACCGUUCAGACCUUAUCUCACAUCAGAGACGCCACACAGGAGAGACGCCCUACACGUGCGCUGAGUGCGGGAAAAGCUUUAGUCAGCGUUCAAACCUUAUCAGACAUCAGAGACUCCACACUGGGGAGAAGCCCUACACGUGCUCUGAGUGCGGGAAAAGCUUUAAUCACAGCUCUACUCUGAGGACACAUUGCAGAAUCCAUACGGGUGAGAAACCUUAUGGAUGUUCUGAGUGCGGGAAAAGCUUCAAUCAGAGCUCAGAGCUUCUCGUACAUCGUAGAAUCCACACAGGAGAGACGCCCUACACAUGCUCUGAGUGCGGGGAAAGCUUCAAAAGGAGCUCACACCUUAUUAGACAUGGCAAAAUCCACUUUGUAGAACUAUGCUACACAUGCCAUGAGUGCGGGAAAAGCUUCAGUCGGCGUUCAAACCUUAUCACACAUCAUAGAAUCCACACAGGAGAGACGCCCUACACAUGCUCUGAGUGCGGGAAAAGCGUUAGUCACCGUUCACACCUUAUCACACAUCGUAGAAUCCACACAGGAGAGAUGCCCUACACAUGCUCUGAGUGCGGGAAAAGCUUUAAGCACAGCUCUGCCCUGAGCGCACAUAGGAGAAUCCACACGGGUGAGAAACCUUAUGGAUGCUCUGAGUGCGGGAAAAGCUUUAGUCAGCGUUCACACCUUAUCAGACAUCAGAGAAUCCACACAGGAGAGACGCCCUACACGUGCUCUGAGUGCGGGAAAAGCUUUAAGCGCAGCUCUGGCCUGAGCAGACAUCAGGGAAUCCACACGGGUGAGAAACCUUAUGGAUGCUCUGAGUGCGGGAAAAGCUUCAGUCGGCGUUCACACCUUAUCACACAUAAGAGAAUCCACACAGGAGUGAAGCCCUACACAUGCUCUGAGUGCGGGGAAAGCUUUAAUCAGAGCUCUGCCCUGAGCAGACAUAGGAGAAUCCACACGGGUGAGAAACCUUAUGGAUGCGCUGAGUGCGGGAAAAGCUUCAGUCAGCGUUCACACCUUAUCGGACAUCAGAGAAUCCACACGGGUGAGAAACCUUAUGGAUGCGCUGAGUGCGGGAAAAGCUUUAGUCAGCGUUCAGACCUUAUCGGACAUCAGAGAAUCCACACAGAAGAGACGCCCUACACGUGCUCUGGGUGCGGGAAAAGCUUUAAUCACAGCUCUGCCCUGAGCAGACAUCAGGGAAUCCACACGGGUGAGAAACCUUAUGGAUGCGCUGAGUGCGGGAAAAGCUUCAGUCGGCGUUCAAACCUUAUCUCACAUCAGAGAAUCCACACAGGAGUGAAGCCCUACACGUGCUCUGAGUGCGGGAAAAGCUUUAAGCAGAGCUCUGCCCUGAGCGCACAUUGGAGAACCCACACGGGUGAGAAACCUUAUGGAUGCUCUGAGUGUGGAAAAAGCUUUAAGCAGAGCUCCGCCCUGAGCGGACAUUGGAAAAUCCACACGGGUGAGAAACCUUAUGGAUGCGCUGAGUGCGGGAAAAGCUUUAGUCAGCGUUCAAACCUUAUCAAACAUCAGAGAAUCCACACAGGGGAGACGCCCUACACGUGCUCUGAGUGCGGGAAAAACUUUAAGCACUGCUCUGCCCUGAGCAGACAUCGGAAAAUCCACACGGGUGAGAAACCUUAUGGAUGCUCUGAGUGCGGAAAAAGCUUUAAGCAGAGCUCUGCCCUGAGCGCACAUUGGAGAAUCCACACGGGUGAGAAACCUUAUGGAUGCUCUGAGUGCGGGAAAAGCUUUAGUCAGCGUUCAAACCUUAUCAAACAUCGUAGAAUCCACACAGGAGAGACGCCCUACUCAUGCCAUGAGUGUGGGAAAAGCUUCAAUCGGAGCUCAGACCUUCUCGUACAUCGUAGAAUCCACACAGGAGAGAUGCCCUACACAUGCUCUGAGUGCGGGAAAAGCUUUAAUCACAAUUUUACCCUGACCAGACAUCGGAGAAUCCACACGGGUGAGAAACCUUAUGGAUGCUCUGAGUGCGGGAAAAGCUUCAGUUGGCGUUCAAACCUUAUCACGCAUCGUAGAACCCACACGGGGGAGAAGCCCUACACAUGCGCUGAGUGCGGGAAAAGCUUCAGUCAACGCUCAAGCUUUAUCACACAUCAGAGAAUCCACACGGGGGAAAAGCCCUACACUUGCUUUGAGUGCGGGAAAUGCUUUAAUGAAAGCUCUACCCUGAGCAAACAUCACAGAGUCCACACGGGUGAGAAACCUUAUGGAUGCGCUGAGUGCGGGAAGAGCUUUAGUCAAAGUUCAGACCUUAUCAAACAUCAGAGACUCCACACAGGGGAGACGCCCUACACAUGCCCUGAGUGUGGGAAAAGCUGUAAUCACAGCUCUGCCCUGCGCAAACAUCGGAGAGUCCACACGGGUGAGAAACCUUAUGGAUGCGCUGAGUGCGGGAAAAGCUUCAGAGAGCGUUCAGACCUUAUCAGACAUCAGAGACUUCACACAAGAGAGACGCCCUACACAUGCGCUGAGUGCGGGAAAAGCUUUAAGCACAGCUCUGCCCUGAGCAGACAUCAGACAAUCCACACAGGGGAGAAGCCCUACACGUGCUCUGAGUGCGGGAAAAUCUUUGGUCAUCACUCAACCCUUAUCACACAUCAGAGAAUCCACACAGGGGAGACGCCCUACAUGUGCUCUGAGUGCGGGAAACGCUUUAAUGACAGCUCUACUCUGACCAGACAUCGAAGAAUCCACACGGGUGAGAAACCUUAUGGAUGCUCUGAGUGCGGGAAAAGCUUCAGAGAGCGUUCACACCUUAUCAGACACCAGAGACUUCACACAGGAGAGACGCCCUACACAUGCGCUGAGUGUGGGAAAAGCUUUAAGCACAGCUCUACCCUGAGGAAACAUCAGAGAAUCCACACGGGUGAGAAACCUUAUGGAUGCGCUGAGUGCGGGAAAAGCUUCAGUCAGCGUUCAUACCUUAUCUCACAUCAGCGAAUCCACACAGGAGAGAAGCCCUACACGUGCUCUGAGUGCGGGAAAAUCUUCAGUCGGCGUUCACACCUUAUCACACAUCAGAGACUCCACACAGGAGAGAGGCACACGUGCGCUGAGUGCGGGAAAAGCUUUAAUCAGCGUUCACAGCUUAUCUCACAUCAGAGAAUCCACACAGGAGAGACGCCCUACACAUGCUCUGAGUGCGGGAAAAGCUUUAAUCACAGCUCUACCCUGAGCAGACAUAGGAGAAUCCACACGGGUGAGAAACCUUAUGGAUGUUCUGAGUGUGGGAAAAGCUUCAAAAAGAGCUCACACCUUAUUAGACAUCGUAGAAUCCACACAGGAGAGAUGCCCUACACAUGCUCUGAGUGCGGGAAAAGCUUUAAGCACACCUCUACCCUGAGCGCACAUCAGAGAAUCCACACGGGUGAGAAACCUUAUGGAUGCGCUGAGUGCGGGAAAAGCUAUAGUCAGCGUUCAAGCCUUAUCAGACAUCAGACACUCCAUACUGGGGAGAAGCCCUACACGUGCUCCGAGUGCAGGAAAAGCUUUAGUCAGAGCUCUGACCUGAGCGCACAUCGGAGAAUCCACACGGGUGAGAAACCUUAUGGAUGCUCUGAGUGCGGGAAAAGCUUUAGUCAGCGUUCAAACCUUAUCAUACAUCAGAGAAUCCACACAGGAGAGACGCCCUACACAUGCUCUGAGUGCGGGAAAAGCUUUAAGCACAGCUCUGCCCUGUGCAAACAUCGGAGAAUCCAUACGGGUGAGAAAACUUAUGGAUGUUCUGAGUGUGGGAAAAGCUUCAAAAAGAGCUCACACCUCAUUAGACAUCAGCCAAUCCACACAGGAGAGACGCCCUACACAUGCUCUGAGUGCGGGAAAAGCUUUAAGGACAGCUCUACCCUGAGUGCACAUAGGAGAAUCCACACGGGUGAGAAACCUUAUGGAUGCGCUGAGUGCGGGAAAAGCUUUAGUCACCGUUCAAACCUUAUCUCACAUCAGAGAAUCCACACAGGAGAGAAGCCCUACACAUGCUCUGAGUGCGGGAAAAGCUUUAAGGACAGCUCUGCCCUGAGCGCACAUAGGAGAAUCCACAUGGGUGAGAAACCUUAUGGAUGCUCUGAGUGCGGAAAAAGCUUCAGUCAGCGUUCACACCUUAUCACACAUCGUAGAACCCACACAGGAGAGAUGCCCUACACAUGCUCUGAGUGUGGGAAAAGCUUUAAUCACAGCUCUGUCCUGAGCAGACAUCAGGGAAUCCACACGGGUGAGAAACCUUAUGGAUGCUCUGAGUGCGGGAAAAGCUUCAGUCAGCGUUCACACCUUAUCACACAUCGUAGAACCCACACAGGAGAGAUGCCCUACACAUGCUCUGAGUGUGGGAAAAGCUUUAAUCACAGCUCUGACCUGAGCAGACAUCAGGGAAUCCACACAGGUGAGAAACCUUAUGGAUGCUCUGAGUGCGGGAAAAGCUUCAGUCAGUGUUCAAACCUUAUCAUACAUAAGAGAAUCCACACAGGAGUGAAGCCCUACACAUGCUCUGAGUGCGGGAAAAGCUUUAAGCAGAGCUCUGCCCUGAGCAGACAUAGGAGAAUCCACACGGGUGAGAAACCUUAUGGAUGCGCUGAGUGCGGGAAAAGCUUUAGUCAGCGUUCACACCUUAUCUCACAUCAGAGAAUCCACACUGGAGAGAAGCCCUACACUUGCUCGGAGUGCGGGAAAAGCUUCGGUCAGCACUCAACCCUUAUCACGCAUCAGAGAAUCCACACGGGAGAGACGCCCUACAUGUGCUCCGAGUGCGGGAAAAGCUUCAGUGAUCAUUCAGCCCUUACCACACAUGAGAGAGUCCACACAGGAGAGACGCCCUACACGUGCCCUGAGUGCGGGAAAAGCUUCAUUGAUAGUUCAAGCCUCAUCUCACAUCAGCGAAUCCACACAGGGGAGACGCCCUACAUGUGCUCUCAGUGCGGGAAAUGCUUUAAUCACAGCUCUACCCUAAGCAAACAUGGAAGAAUCCACACGGGUGAGAAACCUUAUGGAUGCUUUGAGUGCGGGAAAAGCUUUAGUCAGCGUUCAGACCUUAUCACGCAUCAGAGAACCCACACAGGGGAGAAGCCCUACAAGUGUUCUGAGUGCGGAAAAAGCUUCAGUCAGCGCUCAACCCUUAUCUCGCAUAAGAGAAUCCACACAGGAGAGAAGCCCUACACGUGCACUGAGUGCGCGAAAAGCUUUAGUCAGCGUUCAGACCUUAUCACGCAUCAGAGAACCCACACAGGGGAGAAGCCCUACACGUGUUCUGAGUGCGAGAAACGCUUCAGUCAGCGCUCAACCCUUAUCUCACAUAAGAGAAUCCACACAGGAGAGAAGCCCUACACGUGCACUGAGUGCGGGAAAAGCUUCAAUCACCGUUCAGACCUUAUCUCACAUCAGAGAAUCCACACAGGGGAGACGCCCUACACAUGUUCUGCGUGCGGGAAACGCUUUAAUCACAGCUCUACCCUGAGCGCACAUAGGAGAAUCCACACGGGUGAGAAACCUUAUGGAUGCUCUGAGUGCGGGAAAAGCUUUAGUCAGUGUUGCAACCUUGUCAGACAUCAGAGAGCCCACACAGGAGAGAAGCCCUACACAUGCUCUUAGAGCGGGUAAAGCUUCAAUUGGAGUUCAAACCUUAUCACGCAUCAGAGAAUCCCCACAGGGGAGACGCCCUUCACAUGCUCUGAGUGCGGGAAAAGUGUCAAACGGAGCUCUGACCUGAUUAUACAUCAGAGAAUCCACACGGGUGAGAAACCUUAUGGAUGCCAUGAGUGUGGGAAAAGCUUCAGUGGGACCUCUGACCUUCUCACACAUCAGAAAAUCCACAGUGGAGAGAGACCUUUCAUGUGCUCUGAGUGCGGGAAAAGCUUCAAUCGGAGCUCUUCUCUUAUCACGCAUUGGAGAGUCCACACGGGUGAAAAACCGUAUGGAUGCUCUGAGUGCGGGAAAUGCUUCAAUUGGAGCUCCCAUGUUAUCAGGCACAGGAGAAUCCACACCGGUGAGAAACCUUAUGGAUGCUCCGAGUGCGGGAAACGCUUCAAUCGGAGCUCACACCUCAUCAGACAUCGUAGAAUCCACACGGGAGAGACGCUCUAUGCAUGCUCUGAGUGCGGGAAAAGCUUCAAUCAGAGUUCUGCCUUGAUCACACAUCAGAGAAUCCACACUGGGGAGACGCCUUAUACGUGCUCCGAGUGCGGGAAAAGCUUCAAUCAAAGCUCAAACCUUAUCAGACAUCAGCGAAUCCACACGGGAGAAACGCCCUACGCGUGCUCCGAGUGCGGGAAAAGCUUCAAUGACAGCUCAGCCCUGAUCACACAUCAGAGAAUCCACACGGGAGAUAAACCAUAUGGAUGUCCCGAGUGCGGGAAACGCUUCAAUCUGAGCUCAACCCUUAUUAGACAUCAGCGAAUCCACACGGGAGAAAUGCCCUACACGUGCUCCGAGUGCGGGAAAAGCUUUAGUCAGCGCUCACACCUUAUCAUACACCGGAGAAUCCACACCGGAGAGAAACCCUACACGUGCUCCGAGUGCGGGAAACGCUUCAGUGAUAGCUCAGCCCUCACCACACAUCAGAGAAUCCACACGGGUGAGAAACCUUAUGGGUGCUCUGAGUGUGGGAAAAGCUUCAAUCAAAGCUCGACCCUUAUUAAACAUCAGAAAAUCCACAUGAGAAAGAACUGGAGACGCUACACAUGCCAUGAGUGUGGGAAAAGCUUCAAUCGGAGCUCGGACCUUCUCGUACAUCGUAGAAUCCACACAGGAGAGACGCCCUACACAUGGUCUGAGUGCGGGAAAAGCUUCAAUCAGAGCUCUACCCUGAGCGCACACAGCAGAAUCCACACGGGUGAGAAACCUUAUGGAUGCUCUGAGUGCGGGAAAAGCUUCAGUCGGCGUUCAAACCUUAUCAGACAUCAGAGACUCCACACAGGAGAGACGCCCUACACGUGCUCUGAGUGCGGGAAAAGCUUUAAGCACUGCUCUGCCCUGAGCAGACAUCGGAAAAUCCACACGGGUGAGAAACCUUAUGGAUGCUCUGAGUGCGGGAAAAGCUUCAAUCAGAGCUCUACCCUGAGCGCACACAGCAGAAUCCACACGGGUGAGCAACCUUAUGGAUGCGCUGAGUGCGGGAAAAGCUUCAGUCGGCGCUCACACCUUAUCAGACAUCAGAGAAUCCACACAGGAGAGAAGCCCUACACGUGCGCUGAGUGCGGGAAAAGCUUCAGUCGGCGUUCACACCUUAUCACACAUCAGAGAAUCCACACCGGGGAGAAGCCCUACACGUGCUCCGAGUGCGGGAAAAGCUUCAAAAGGAGCUCACACCUUAUUAGACAUCGCAAAAUCCACAUUGGAGAACUAAAAAAUACAUGCACAGAGUGUGGAAAAAACUUAUGUGACUACUCAGCCCUUCUUGAUCAUCAGAGAAUCCACACAGGGGAGAGGCCCUAUGAAUGCUGUGAGUGUGGGAAAACCUUCACUCAAAGAUCAGCCCUUUCUGUUCAUCAGAGAAUCCACACGGGGGAAAGGCCCUACGAAUGCUGUGAAUGUGGGAAAACCUUCACUCAAAGAGCAGCCCUUUCUGUUCAUCAGAGAAUCCACACGGGGGAAAGGCCCUACGAAUGCCAUGAGUGUGGGAAAACCUUCAAUCGCAGCUCAAACCUUUCUGAACAUCAGAGAAUCCACACAGGUGACAGACACAGGCCCUAUGAAUGCUGUGAGUGUGGGAAAACCUUCACUCAAAGAUCAGCCCUUUCUGUUCAUCAGAGAAUCCACACGGGGGAAAGACCCUACGAAUGCUGUGAGUGUGGGAAAAGCUUCACUCACAGAUCAGCCCUUUCUGUUCAUCAGCGAAUCCACACAGGGGACAGGCCCUACAAAUGCAGUGAGUGUGGGAAAACCUUCACUAAAAGAGCAGCCCUUUCUGUUCAUCAGAGAAUCCACACGGGGGAAAGGCUCUACGAAUGCCAUGAGUGUGGGAAAACCUUCAAUCGCAGCUCAAACCUUUCUGAACAUCAGAGAAUCCACACAGGUGACAGACACAGGCCCUAUGAAUGCUGUGAGUGUGGGAAAACCUUCACUCAAAGAUCAGCCCUUUCUGUUCAUCAGAGAAUCCACAUGGGGGAAAGGCCCUACGAAUGCUGUGAGUGUGGGAAAAGCUUCACUCAAAGAGCAGCCCUUUCUGUUCAUCAGAGAAUCCACACGGGGGAAAUGCCCUACAAAUGCAGUGAGUGUGGGAAAACCUUCACUCAAAGAGCAGCCCUUUCUGUUCAUCAGAGAAUCCACACGGGGGAAAGGCCCUACGAAUGCCAUGAGUGUGGGAAAUCCUUCAAUCGCAGCUCAAACCUUUCUGAACAUCAGAGAAUCCACACAGGGGACAGGCCCUACAAAUGCAGUGAGUGUGGGAAAACCUUCACUAGCAGCUCAGCCCUUUCUAUUCAUCAGAGAAUCCACACAGAGAAGAGGCCCUAUGAAUGCAGUGAGUGUGGGAAAACCUUCACUCAAAGAGCAGCCCUUUCUGUUCAUCAGAGAAUCCACACAGGGGAGAGGCCCUAUGAAUGCCGUGAGUGUGGGAAAAACUUCACUCAAAGAUCAACCCUUUCUAGACAUCAGAGAAUCCACACAGGGGAGAGGCCCUACGAAUGCCGUGAGUGUGGGAAAAACUUCACUAGCAGCUCAGCCCUUUCUAAACAUCAGAGAAUCCACACCAGGGGAAAGGCCCUAUGA